AGUGGCUUUCUGAAUGGGCUUGAUGCUGAUGGAGAAAGUGCAAAAUUUUUAGUGGAGAAACGUGCCUUGUAGAAUUUGUCAACGUUGAAACGAGGUAAUUUUUGAGAUUAGCCUGUUCGGGCCUGACGGGAGCUGUAAGGAUGAGCUGGGUACAGAGGUUGUCAUCGGCUAGGGUUCUAGCCCGAUGUUUGGGAUCCAGACCAGAGUUCGGAACAAAUAUUGGAGCCCUUUGCAAAUGCCAGAUUGGUGAGUUCUCUGGAUCGCCCUUAGGGCAGAUCAAAGAAUUCAGCACGUCACCUGUACCUCUUUCUGCUUCCACUCUCGCCACUGAGCAAGGAGUUGUCUCGAGGAAUUGGGAAAAAAUGAAAUUCCAUUUAUACAAGAAGUAUAAACUGAGACCUCAGGCAUGGUUGCUCUACAGAGAUUGUGUCGAUGGAAUUGAUUAUCUAGGGCUUUUCAAAGAGUUUCGAAUGGCAGAUACAUUCUUCUCUUGGUUCCUGGUAACAGAACUUCACGUGUGGAUGCUCCUGGUAAAACUAAUGAAUAACGAGCUACUUGGUUUAGAGUUGAGGAAAAAUGUCGUGGAAGCCAUGUGGCAAGAUGCGCACAUGAGAAAAAAACAACUUGGUAGUGUUAAAGAAUCAGUCGUGAAAGAACACAUGACGCAGUUAGGACAGCAAUUCAAUGCCUCGAUUUUAGGAUAUGAUGAGGGUCUCCUAUCAAAUGACAAAGUCCUAGCUGGUGCUGUUUGGCGAAGAUUUUUACAAUCUGAGUGCAAUGAUCCUGAAGUUGUCGAAAAGCUAGUAAUUUACAUCCGCAAAACGAUGAUUAUGCUCGAUAAAAUCCCACACCAGGAUCUGAUAAAAAUAAGAAAGGUUCAGUGGUUGAACUACAAAAAUUUACUGUAGUAAUUAAUUAGUUUGUAAUGUUCCUUGGACAGAUGAUUGAGUCUCCUUGUAAAUACGACUUAUUAUUGUGGUUAAUAAUACAGUGGAAAAUAUAGUUGAUAUUUUUCAAUCAA